AGGUAAGGUGUAUAAUCUUUCUUAAGUACUGGCGUAAUUAUGUAAUUUUAAUAUCAUUAUUAAUUAGGUAGAGGUAUUCCGAGUCAAAGUCAAGUCGACUCCACCACCUCCGGUUCCUCUCUCCGCACAAAGAUCCAGCGGCAGCAGCCACCACCACCUCCUCCAUCUUGUCAUUCUCCUGCUCCUGUCCCCUCGACCGAUCACUUACCAUGGAUCGGGAGGAACUUCUCAGAAAUCUUGUCUCCAAGCUCGGCGAGCUAGCGCCUCUCGUCGAACUCUGGAACAAGGGCUUCGGAUGGCUAUGCUCCACUGUCGGGUCCGAGAUCUCCCGCCUCCUUAGCGUGGAGGACGAUGUCCAGAAGCUCCAUAGGACCUUACUUCGGGCCCAAUCCCUCCUCUCCGACGCCGAGGACCGCCGCUACAUCGUGGACGAGUCCGUCAAGGGCUGGCUCCUCGAGCUCAAGGCCGUCGCCUUCGACGCCGACGAUCUCCUCGACCGCUACCGGACCCUCCUUGACGUCGCCAAGCUCGCCAAGGACGGUGAUUCGCGGAAGCGGAAGCGCUUCUGGUUCGGCUUCAUCGGCCCGGACCUCGGUCUCCUCCAGCGCCGCAGCAUCGGGAUCGAGGUUGCCAAGAUCCAGGACAGAUUCAAGGAGAUCGCUGAUGGCCGAAAUAAUCUCCAACUGAAGCCCUCCGAUGGGAGCAGGCGAGCCAAGAGUUCCCCGGAUUCGGUUCCUCCAUUGGCCGUGGCGUGUUUCGAUCGAUCAAACGUCGUGGGGAGAGACGAGGACUGCGAGAGGAUUGUGCGUGCCCUGACAAAGGAGUGCGAGACAGUUCCUUCCGUGAUCCCAAUUUAUGGCGUCGCGGGAGUCGGUAAGACCGCUCUUGCCCAAUUAGUCUUCGACCAUUUCUCUGAGAAGGAUAGAGGGGAGAAUCACCCCAAUCCUAAACGGCCUUCUGGAGAUGACAAGGGGAAAGGACCAGCGGUUGCGGUUGGCGACGACGAGUACUUUGACUUGAAGAUAUGGGUGUCGCUGCCCAAAGGCUGCGAUGUUAUCACGGCUACGAAAGAGAUCGUCGAUGAUAUAACCAAGAAAACCUGCAACGAUCGGAGUUUGAACAUCCUGCACCAUCGUCUCAAGGAACUCCUCGACGGCAAGAAGUUCCUUCUGGUGCUCGACAAUUUCUGGGCGGAGGACUGCACCUUCUGGGACACGCUGCGCGCUCCUCUGCGGUACGGAGCCAAAGGAAGCAAGGUUUUGAUUACGACUCGGAGCAAAGUGGUGUCGAGUCGGAUGACGACGCAGCCAGUGCUCCCUUUAGAAGGCCUGAACGAGAGCGAUUGCUGGGCGCUGCUUCGUGGUGUGGCAUUCCCGCAUCCUGAAGAGACCGUCGUUUCCAACCUGGAGGAGAUCGGUAGGAAGAUAGUGAGCAGAUGCCAGGGAUCACCUUUGGCCGCAAAGUCGCUCGGCGCCAUCUUGUACGACGAAAACGACGAAGAAAUCUGGGAGAGCAUCCACCAGGAGAUGUGGGCUCUCGAAGAGAACAACAAUGAGAUAUUGUCCCGUCUCAUGAUAAGCUACCGCCAUCUGACCUACCCGCUAAAGCAGUGCUUCGCUUACUGCUCCCUCUUCCCAAACGGAUACGAAUUCGACAAAGACGAGGUGGUCCAGAUGUGGAUAGCAGAAGGCUUGGUUCAGCGCAACGGGCCGAGGAAGCCGGAGGCCAUCGGCGGCAGGUACUUCGAUCGCCUGCUAUGGGGGUCGUUCUUCGAGAGGUCACACAAGCAGAAAUACCGAAUGCCCAGCCUGAUCCAUGAUCUAGCCCGCCUCGUAUCCAAGAAUGAGCUACUGAUCGUAGAGGAUGGCGUGCUGCAUGAUCCACCGGAACGGCCUCGUUAUGCAUCUCUGUUUCACCCAAACCUGAGCACGGUGACAUUGGAGAAGCUCUACGCUUACGAACGUCUGCGGACUCUCAGAUCGUAUGGCGAAUCUAAAGUGGGGCAAGUUCCGAAAGAUCUCUUCUUCAAACUAAAAUGGCUGCGGCUAUUGGAUUUGAGCAAUAGUGACAUAGAAGAAUUGCCAGAUUCGGUUGGUGAUCUACUUCUCCUUAGGUACCUCGGCCUCAGGGGUACUGGCAUUCGACGGCUGCCCGAAUCGGUGAGCAACCUGUACAAUUUGAAGACUCUGGAGCUGAGCGAGUGCGACAAGCUUUCGGAGUUGCCCAAAGGAACGAGCAAAUUAGUCAACCUCAGGCAUCUUGGCUUGCAUCUCGACUGGGAAAAGGAUGCUGAUCUGAAUUCCAUGCCACCCGGAAUUGGGCGUCUAACUUCUCUGCAGACGCUGUCGAGAUUCACCGUCACCGCCGGCAGCGAGUGCAACAUCGGCGAGUUGAAGGAUUUGAAUCUUAAAGGAGAGCUUUGCAUCUCUAAGCUAGAGAAGAUGGCGGAUGCAGGCGAUGCCGGAGCGGCUAAUUUGAUGGGGAAGAAGUACAUCAGGAAGCUGGCGCUGCGGUGGACCGCUCAGCCUCUUCAGACCUCAGCCGAUGAAAACCGAAGAAGGAAUCCGCAUGAGCAAGUUGCUGACAGGCUUCGUCCUCAUUGGAAUCUCGAACAUCUAUGGAUUGUGAACUAUCCGGGAAGAACAUUUCCGAAUUGGAUGGAUGAUCGUUCUUUGUGGAAGCUAGAAACGAUGAGACUCUCCGGCUGUGUCGGUUGCGAACGCUUCCCUUCGCUUGGGCGGCUACCUCGGCUCAAGAAGUUGCACGUAGAAAAGAUGGACCGGCUGAGAAACUUGGGAAAUAUAUUGGGAUUUCCAACCUUGGAGGUUCUUACGAUUAGGAACAUGCUUAUAUUGGAGAAAUUGUUUGAAGUGGAAGCAGGUGAGAUUCCCACGCUCCGUGAACUUAACCUCGUCUCCUGCCCCAAAUUACGUGAGCUGAUUCCACUUCCAUCGACGACAAUAAAACUGGAAAUAAGUGACUGCGAGCUUCUGAACUCUGCUUCUUGAAUUCUAUAGCCUCUGUAAUUGUAUCAUGAUUCAGCAGCGGUUGCAAACCUCACGUGUACGGCUGCUGCUUAUGUAGGUAGGCUCAUCUGAUAGACGUUCUGCAAUUUUUUUCGUCGGUAUAAAAUUUCAUGUAUAAUUAAUUCAUCACAUCAUCUUUGGUACUUGGUGUUAUUGGUAUUAA